AUGCUAAUAAAAAUAUUGAGUAUCUAAAAUAAUAAGUUGCUGCUUCAGCCUGAGUAAAUUAAAUAGACAUUGUUACUCUUAAAUAAGUGUAUUACAAGAGAUCAAGUAUAAUUCACUUUAUAUAUCAAUGAUAGUUUACCUAUAUUUGAUUAUUAUAUUAAGGAAGGGUAUAACUUGUAAAAACCAACUCAAGAUGGCUAUGUUCAAAUUAAUGAGACAGAAACAGAUGCAAUUAUUGUAACAUGUAUUAAAAACUUGUCAUAAUUUUUUGAAUUGAUAAGAAAACAUCACUCUUUUAAUCAAAUAUAUAUUGAUACUAUAUUGGUUGGAAUGAUUUUAAACUCAAAUAUUCUAAGCUCUCUUAAUAAUAUAUUAAAAUAACAUUUUGAGACGACAACGACAGUAAAAUAUGUUUUAUAAUUUAUUUCUUGUUUAGCUAAUGCAAAUCCUUCGCUAACUGUAAAAAUUAUUGAUACCAAUGUACCUCAAAUCUUGAAUGAGAUUAUAAACAAAAAAAAUAUAAAAGAAUUAAAAUUUGGAAUGAUCAAGGAUAUCUUAAUGUUUUAUGCAAAUAUUUGUAGGUCAGAAAAGGGAUUUAAACGAUUUAGUGGUAAAGCAAUAAGUUUCAUAAAUGACCUAUUAACCUAUUAUUUAAUUGCUUAGGAAGGUAUAAAAUAGGUAUAAAUAAAUAAAUUAGGAUAAAUAAUUCAUAAUUUUAUUCAAUAAAAUAAUAACAUGGAAGAAAUAAUAAAUAAAAUUCUAAAAAAUAUAUUAAAGUAAUUAUAAAUCGUACUAAUGUACAAAUACCACAAUUUAAACAUUAAUUAAGAUUUAAGUCACUAAUUUUAAGAGAUUGUUAAGAAAAAGUUCGUCAUCUUCUAUUUUAAUACAAUAUUAUUUCCAGAGUAAAAUAUGAUUAAAUAAAGAAACUUGGGCUAAGAUGGGAUUAUUGAAGAAAUUGAGUAAAUUUUUAAAAUUCCGAGCUUUUACUAUAUUUCAUUAAGUGUAAGUAAGUUAUUUAUUUUAGGGUCUUAAAUUUACUAAUAUUAUAGAUAAAGUUAUAGAGUUAAUAUCUAAAUGGGAAGCAGAACUAGAUUGUCCUUUGGAAUAUGCCUCACUCUAAUAUUUAGAUGAAAAAUAGUUAUUAUAAUAGUAUUCACCUAAAAAUAGAGAUAUUGUCUCCCGCUUUUCACAAAUUUUUCACUAUUUGACUUGUAUAAAUGAAAAAAAUAUAAGAUCAACCCCUUAUGAAAAAAAAGAAAAAUGGUUGCAAAAAUGUUGCGUUCUUUUAGNAUAAAUCAUCUUAAACUUGUAACUCAUUUUAUAAUGA